AUGGAUAUGGAUGAAAUGGCUAAGAGUGAAGUACUCAAUUCCUCGUUGUGUUUUUCUAGACCUUCACUGCUUUUUGCUGUCCUAAUUCCUUCACUGCUUUGUAUUGCUGUCCUAAUUCCUUCUUUAGGUUUCAUUUGCUUUCCGAGCUUUGAGUUCUUCCCUCUCCUUCUUACAAUUUCAAUUUUGAUCCUGUCAACCAUUUUUGUCCUCACAAACACAAAUAAAAAGGUGAUUUUGGAUGAGAAACCAGUUGGGAAUCUUCUCUGUGGCCAAGAAAAUCUUCUGCAUGAUGGAGAGGGAAUUAGAGAGCAGCUAGUUCAAGAAGUAGAAGAUCAAAAUGAGGUAGGGCAUGAACUGCUUCCAACUGUGGAAACUGUCACACAAACUGCCCAGCAAAGUGAAAAUGUUACAAAUUAUGACUACCAAGUUGAACAUUCUGAUGUUCCAUCAGAGAGUGAUGAACAAUCAGUGCCAAGUGAGAAUUUUGAGCUCAAUUGGAUGUGUUGUAACAAUUUGGGUCUAAAAGUUGAGAUAUCUGAUGGUUGUUCAGUCUCUGAUGAUGAUGAUGAUAGCCUCAUUGAGAUCAAUCUUCCAGCAAGUGAGCCAAAGGAAAAGCUGCAGUCAAAUUUGCCAGACUCCAUUUUCAGGCAACAAGGUCUGAGAGAGCACUUAGCAGAUAUCAAUGAGGUGAAUGAGGAAGACAACCUGAUUGAGAUUGACAUUUCCAUGGGCUCUAUCAAGUGUCCAGGGUUUGAGAUUGAAGCAUGA